GGCCAGUCCGAGGCCUGUUUCCGAUUCUUUCUCUCAGGACAUGUAAGGCAGAAGUAGUUGUUGGGCUUGAGGAAGGUGUGGCGGAAAGACUUAGUGCCACCGAACCGGGAUGGCGUGUGACUGGAAAGUAUGGACUGAUCUCUUUGGAGCCCUGAUCAUGAAGCUGUGGCGAUAAAGUUUGAUGUGGCAAUGUUACGAUGACAAAGAUUGGACAAAAAAGCUGUGAUGAACUGAAUUAAAUUUGACGUGGUGAUGGAUUGAACCGCGACGUGGAAGUCACGUGGUCAUUAUUUUUUGGACACGUAGCAGCUUUCGAAUCCUAUAAAAUCUCAAGUGAAACCAUGCUCAAGUUCCUCACUCUCUUCUUCUUUUUAUUACUUUCCGGGAGUUUUGUCCGAGCCGAUGAGGACAAGAAGGACACUGGCCCCGUAAUUGGAAUAGAUCUUGGGACAACAUACUCUUGUGUCGGCAUACAGCGAAAGGGACACGUUGAAAUAAUCGCAAAUGAUCAAGGCCAUCGUAUCACUCCAUCUUGGGUCUCCUUCUCCGAGGAAGAGCGUCUAAUUGGUGAUUCGGCAAAGAAUGCAUUCCAUACCAAUCCAGAAAACACAGUCUUCGAUGCCAAACGUCUUAUUGGGCGCAACUUCGACGAAGCUGAGGUUAAGCGUGAUAUGAAGCACUGGCCUUUCAAUGUUAUUCCUAAGAAUGGAAAGCCAGUGAUUCAGGUUAAGCACAAGCAUGAGCUCAGGGAAUUUACUCCCGAGGAGAUCAGCGCCAUGGUUCUUAUAAAGAUGAAAGAAACCGCUGAGGCCUAUUUGGGCAAGAAGGUCGUCAACGCAGUUGUAACUGUCCCGGCCUACUUCAAUGAUGCCCAGCGUCAGGCCACCAAGGACGCCGGUACGAUCGCAGGCCUAAAUGUUCUCCGGAUUGUCAAUGAGCCUACUGCUGCUGCCAUCGCCUAUGGUCUCGACAAGAAGGGCGGGGAGUCUCAGAUUGUCGUCUACGACCUUGGUGGAGGUACCUUUGAUGUCUCCCUCCUCAGCAUUGAAGAUGGCGUCUUUGAGGUGCUGGCCACCGCUGGUGACACUCAUUUGGGUGGUGAAGACUUCGACAACCGUGUCAUUGAUCACUUCAUCAAGCUUUACAAACAGAAGACGGGUACCGAUGUUUCUAGCAACCAGCGCGCUCUCGGAAAGUUGAAGCGUGAAGUUGAGAAGGCUAAGCGCACUCUCUCUUCUCAAAUGUCGACCAAGCUUGACAUUGAGAGUUUCGAGGGCGGCAAUGACUUCUCCGAGACCCUCACUCGCGCUAAGUUCGAAGAACUUAACAUGGAUCUCUUCAGGAAGACCUUGAAGCCAGUUGAGCAGGUUCUGAAGGAUGCCGGCGUCAAGAAGGAAGAUAUUUCCGAGAUUGUCCUUGUCGGUGGUUCUACCCGCAUUCCUAAGGUUCAACAACUUCUCAAGGAGUUCUUUGGCAAAGAGCCUUCGAAGAGUAUCAACCCUGAUGAAGCCGUUGCCUAUGGUGCUGCUGUCCAGGGUGGUAUCCUCGCUGGUGAGGAAGGCCUUGACGACAUCGUUCUUGUCGACGUUUGCCCUCUGUCCGUCGGUAUUGAGACCACCGGCGGUGUCUUCACUAAACUUAUCCCCCGCAACACUGUCAUCCCUACCCGCAAGACCCAAAUCUUCUCUACCGCUGCCGAUAAUCAGCCCACUGUCUUGAUCCAAGUUUAUGAAGGUGAACGCUCGUUGACCAAGGACAACAAUCUUUUGGGCAAGUUCGAGUUGAACGGUAUACCUCCGGCUCCCCGUGGUGUUCCUCAGAUUGAAGUUACUUUCGAGAUUGAUGCCAACGGUAUCUUAAAGGUAUCAGCCUCAGAUAAGGGAACUGGCAAGUCAGAGUCCAUUACCAUCACAAACGAGAAGGGUCGCCUUAGUCAGGAAGACAUUGACCGCAUGGUUCGUGAAGCCGAGGAAUUCGCGUCUGAGGAUGAGGUUCAGCGCAAACGCAUUGAGGCCCUUAAUGGUCUCCAGAACUAUGUCUGGGGUCUCAAGUCUCAACUAGGUGACAACGAGGGACUCGGUGGCAAGGUGUCGGAUGAAGAUAAGAAGACUAUUCUAGCCGCUGUCAAGGAAGCCACCGAGUGGGUUGAUGCUAACGGGCAGUCGGCAAGCGCUGACGAGCUUGACGAGAAGCUUGCUGAGGUGCAGGCCAUCGUCCAGCCCAUCACCAGCAAGUUAUAUGAUGGCGCUGGCGGUCCUGACGCUCCUCCCCCAGGCCAUGAUGAGCUGUAAAUUUGGAUAGACGAUUAUGUCUUUCAUAGCCAUAUUCCGUUUGAAGUACAUUACACCGCCUACGCAUUGUAUUUAUCAACAUAAUCAUUUCAUUGAGAUGCGCCAAGAAGUGACUGC